AUGUCUUCCACCACUGAGCUGCUUUCUGACCUUAUAGGAAAGCUGUCUGCUCUCAUUGAAUCCCCAUUGAAGCAAUCUGAGAUGAAUGAAAAGAUUACACAAAUUGCGGAACGGGUCAUCGCUGCUGCCCGGCCUGAUAUGCCCGACUGGACUACAAGGGUCAAUGGCUUCGGCGAGUUCGUUGCCAUGAAGCUUUUCAUUGACUGGAACGCGUUUGAAGCAAUUCCUCCAAGUGGGACUAUCUCGUAUGAAGAACUUUCCAAGAAGCUCAACGCUGACAAGUCUUUGGUUCAACGGAUUGCAUGGCAUCUGAUUGCGCGUGGAGUACUGAUACAAGUAGGUGAAGAGGAGUUGGCACAUACCGAGAUCUCCAAACGCUAUCUUCCAGGCUUGCCGGAUACAGUCGUGUUUAGUUUCUGGUAUGAGGAAACUAUUGUGCCUUCCGUGAAAAUGCCGGAAUACUUCGCGAAGUACGGCCGCCGAGAGCCACAUUCUGAGAUCCGAACACCACUGGCCUUUGGAUUUGGCCAGCCAGAGAUGACGCCGUACGAAGUUUACUACCAAGAACCAAAGAGAAGGGACCAAUUCCAAAAAGCCAUGCAAAUGGCACAAUAUGCGGCCCCUUUCACCGGCUCGUACAACUUCAGUUGGAUCAAGGAGAAAAUCCGAAACAUGGACGAGCAACGGGCAGUACUUGUGGACGUUGGCGCCGGAAAUGGCCACGUCACCAAGGCCAUAUUGCAGGAAAACUCAUUCAUCCCAACGGAACGCGUCGUUCUCGAGGAUAGAGAGGACGUGCUUAAUCAUGUAGCCGCAAUGAAUGAUCCGUGGCUGAAAGGUGCCAAGUUACAAAUCCACGAUUUUCAUACAAGGCAGCCUAUCAAGCACGCUCUGGUUUAUUGGAUACGUCGAUGCCUACAUAAUUAUGGCGAUGAGACUUGUGUCAACAUGCUAAUACACCUCGCUGAGGCCAUGGCAUCCGAUAGCAGGCUUCUCAUUGCCGACAACGUCAUACCUAAUCCGCCUCCGAUUUCGGAAUGCAUGCUGGACUUUACGAUGUUGAAUAUUGCUGGCAAGGAGAGAACGGCCACUGCUUUUAAUGACGUCAUCACCCGUGCGGGACUGAGAAUGGUAAAGGUGCAUGGUAUGGAUAAGAAAUUACAAGUUGUCGAGUGUGUCAAGGCUUGA